CCGCUGACCCCGUCGGUGGGCGUGGCCCGCCCGCGUCCGCGCGGCCUCCGGUGCGGCGGGCGCGGCGGGCGCAGCCAUGCCCCGGUAUUACGAGGACAAGCUGGAGGGCGGCGCGUGCGCGGGCGUCAAGGAGGACCUGGGCGCCUGCCUGCUGCGGUCGGCCUGUGUGCUCCAGGAAGGAAAGUCCCCACGGCAGUGUUUGAAGGAAGGACACUGCAGAGCUCUACAGUAUUCGUUUUUUGAGUGUAAAAGAUCAAUGUUGGAUACCAGAUCAAGAUUCAGAGGAAGAAAAGGAUAUUGAUAACAUUAAAUUGGAAGCAAGAAAAUCACCCCAGAUCGUCUCUGGUCCUUAGCAGGAAAGAGCCAACAUAGGAACAGUAGCUGCUGUGUCUGCUUGACGUCUGGACCGGGACUUCCCUCCAGAGAACAUUAGAGAAAAUGGUUAAGUGCUGUUUCUGAAUGAUUCUGUCAUGUGAAGUCGUUUAUAGAAGAGACAUUUGAUUGAACAAAUAUGGGCUAAGAAUUUGAUGUGUUUUGGGAAUUGCCUAAUGGCAAGAUUAUGUUCAAGGAUGACUCUUCAAUCAGACUACACAAUGUGAGCAUCCAGGCGGUCAUGUGACUGGCACACGUAGUACCGUAGACCCCGUUCGUUGCAGGCUUCUUCCAACUCUUGUUUCUUGGUUUCAAUUUAAUCCAGUCAGUCCUCUCCUCGUAAUGGGAUAAUACCAACCUAAGCCCACAUCCUCAAGAUCUGUGUGGCCCCAAAAGGAGAGUGAGGGCCCACAAAUCACACCCCACUGAAGCACUCUGGCCUCUUUUGGGUCGAGCUCCUAUUCUAGCCUUUGUGGUCUUGCCUAGAUUGUGAUUUCCGGUCCUGUGCCUACUCCACUCACAAUCUCAUUGGAUGGUUACGGGCCUCAUCCCUAAAUACUGGGAUCUGUACCAAAUGGAGACAACAGAUAGCAAAUAUCAAAGACAUGAAGUGGCUGGAGAGUUCAGAGUCAUGGUACUUUAUUUUGGUCACUUAACACAGUAGAGAGCCUUCAGGAAACUGAAUUUCCAGUUUGGUUUUUGGGAUUAAGCAGUGGGAAGUUGUAGUAGCUUGUUUACCACUGUGUAGUUCACUGGGCUAAAGCAGUCAGCCAUUGUGUAGCUCACUUGCUGUUUUCAAAGUUCUGAUGCUGGGUGGAUUCCCCAGGCUAUCACCGAGGUCUGCCCUAUAUACCGCCCUCCACGGGACUGGGAAACAGCUCACCCUUUAGUCCUGCUGUCUAUGUACCAAACUUGGUGUAUGUCAGCGGUGUAGAGGGUCAUGCCUUCUACAUGCUGGGCAAGGCGACCACUGAGCUACACCUCCCACAAGUGCUCCAAUUUUCAUUGAAAGUAACUCCGAUUAGAAACUAUGAAAUGUUUGUAUAAAAAGCCUCUGUUUAGAGAUAGCUUUAUUUGGAGUAAUUCGUAUAAUACAAAAUUGAACCUUUGUUAGUGCUUGCAGCAGUCAUUAUAAUUCCAGAAUUUUCAUCAUUUCUAGAAAUUCACACUCAUUAGCAGUCUGCCCUCAACUGAAAGUCAUCAUUGUUUCUAUGGGGCUGUCUAUUCCAUAUGUUACAUAACUGGAGUUAGAAGCUUCUGUUACCAAGUUUAACAGGUUUAUUCAUGUAGCAUCAAUCUGUAAUUCAGUAGACAUAGCCCAUAUUUUUAAGGUAUUCAUCCGCUAAUGAGCUCUGAGCUUUUUCUCCUUGAGGGCGUUUAACUAAUGCUGUGAACAUCCAUGAAAAAGUUCAUCGUGUUUCAUUUAAUGCUUGCCUUAGAGUGGAAUACAGGUUUGUACAUCAGCCUCAAUUUUACCAUUUUUUGCACAGAGGUUUUAUCACCAUUUCAUACUUUCAAAGCAACUAGGUUCCAUAGUUGUUCACAUAGUUGACAGACAUUCUGCUUGGUGAGAGGCUUCUGAUUGGGAUCACAUUCUCUAAUGGCUAAAAUCGCUUGCUUUCUUGUGUUCAUUGGACAUCGGUAUGUUGCCUUGGCCAAAAAGCUAUUUCAGUCUCCAGUUUGGUUUUCAGUUGGCUUAUCUUUUCAUUUUCCUGUAAGACUUUUAAAGAAAUUAUUGUAGAUACAAGUUCCCUAAAGAUAGCUGGCAUUUUUCCCCCUCAACUUUUGGUUUUUCCUUUUCAGGAAAUAGUGAAGCACACUAUUUUUAUGUGUUUUAGAGGCCGGUUCUUAGCCCAGGCUGGCCUGGAACUCACAAUGAAAUCUUGACUUGGAGCAAGUAGUUUGCUGCUUCACCUCUCAAAGUGCCAAGUUUACCGGUACAAGCCACCAUGCUUGGCUUAAAGAACAGUUUUAAUUUGGGUAAAUUACAAUUCUUUUUUUUUUUUUUUUUUCUUUCAGUGUGCUGUAAGAAACCAUCUUAAACUUACCAGCCCAAACUUACAGAAACAUACUCCUAUGUCUUCACUGCAGAGUUUUAUAAUUUUACCUCCCAUCCAUAGACCUGGGCUUGCUUUCAAAAUAAUUUCAUAUACCUUAUUUGUAGCCAUAUUUCAAGUUAUUGGUUAAGUAUAAGCAACAGAACUUAGCAUCUUAAGUGUUGAAUGCACCUAACACUGCAGUCAUAGUCUGCAGAAGAAUUCUUCACUCACCUCACAAAAUGAGCUGUCAGGUCAUCCCUCCCUGCUUACCCUUGGCAUGCUGUUUGUCUGCCUGCCUGCCUGCCUGCCUGCCUGCCUGUCUGUAGUAAUCACUAUUCUAUUUCUUGUGUCUGAAUUUGAGUACCCUAAGUGCCUGGUAUGGAUGCAAUCUUAGUAUGUGAGGUUUUUUGAGGGAUGGGAGGUUCAGUCAUUGUAUGUCAUGUAUUUCCUUCCUUUGUAAGGUCAAGUAGUAUUCCUGUGCGUGUGUGUCCCUUACCUUGUUACCUACUUAUUCAUCAGUGGAUACCUCGGAUGUUUCCACUGCUGAGCUCCUGACUAUUGCUGUGAACAUGUAUAUAAAAGUAUCACUGGGACCCUACUUCCAGUUCUAGCGUAUACCCAGCAGUGUGUGUCAUAGGGCAAUUGUUUUCGGUUCGAGGCACUGCCAUACUUUUUGUAGCAGCCACACUAUUUUAUUUCUUGUUAGCAGUACACGAGGGUUAUUAUAACUGCCCUAUAGCCUUGUCAGCUUGUUUCCUAAUCUCUUAGUGGCCAUUCUAACGGGUGUGGAUGUGUCUAUCCCAGUGACUCUGUUUGGCAUUUUCCUGAUUAGUGAUGCCACAUGCUUUAAAUGCUUGUUGGCCUUUAGAGAUUGCUUGAAGAAAUCUUUUUAGGUCCUUCGCCCAUUAAUAGUGGGUAGUUGACUCUUGAGUUUUUCGUAGUCAUAUCCAGAGAAGUAUCAUACUACCCAGUGGAGCUAAUUAUAACUUGCCUUGGGAAAUUUUAGUUCUAGCUCUUAGCUUUGCUCUUUGAUCCAUUUUGAAUUAAUCUUUGACUGUAAUGUGAGUUAAGGGUCUGACUUCCCGUUCUCCUCAUGUAAAUAUCUAGUUUUCCGCAUUGCCCUGUGGUGGGAAAAAGUUCCACCAUGCAGGACACGGCUGUUUCUAAGCCCCAAUCUCUUUCCUGGCUUCUGUGUCUUUGCCAAUGCCACUCUUUUAAUUACUGGAACAUAAUAAAAUCUGAAAUCAGA